GUCAGCAUGGAUGGAGCGCAGUCGGGAAUCAGCCUUCUGGAUCUUCCAUCGGGAUGACAGCUGAUCCCACCGAGGGUGACAACUGAUGACCAGCGUGUUGAGUGCACAAACAAGAAAGAGAAACUAUUCUUCGAUUUUAGAAGAGACAAGCGUGCGCCCUGAAUAAUGACAGAGGUUUUUAUGGACGUGGAACUGCUCAGUUGGGAAAACUGACGCCCAAACAUCAACAAGGUAGCGAAAGUUCUAGCCUAAACAGCAGAACCACGUUGACAAAGACAGGUGAUGAAUGAAGAUGUGAAGAUGGAGGCUGGCUCGGUGGUGCGCGCCAUCUUUGAGUUCCUUCCCAGUGUCUCCGAGGAGCUCCCUCUCUUUGUGGGCGACGUUAUCGAGGUUCUCAGCGUGGUCGACGAGUUCUGGCUGCUCGGCAAAAAAGACGGAGUUACAGGUCAGUUCCCCAGCACUUUUGUGGAGGCGGUCACUAUCCCCAGCACCAAGCCUGGAGAUGAGCUUCUCGUGUGUAUUAAUGACUUCAGCUCCGCAGAGCCCGGCAACCUGAACCUCAAGAGAGGUGAUGUGGUGGUGGUGGAGGGACGUCUGAAUGCGGGCUGGCAGCGUGGGCGUAAUGCGUGGGGCGCCCGUGGGCUAUUCCCCUGCUCCUGCAUGAAGGAGCUCCACCUGUCGGGCCUCUCGCGUCGCCUGCAGGCCGCCCAGGCUGCCCAGGCCUCCGAGCUGCCCCCCCACGCCCUGGGCAUGGCCCGCGCCCUCAUGAGCCUCCACGCCCAGCUGGACGAGGAGCUGGACUUCCGCGAGGGCGACCUGAUCACCAUCGUGGGCCUGCCCGAGCCCGGCUGGUUCCUGGGCGAACUGGACGGGCGUUCCGGAACGUUCCCCGAGGGCUUUGUGGAGUUGCUGGCCCCGCUGCGCACUCUCGAUAACCCGCAUGAUCUGAUGCAAGGCGCCGAUGAAGGACAGUAUGAUUACUAUCAGGUGCAUGGAGGGGAAGAAGAGGAGGAGGAAGAGGAGGAGGAGGAAGAGCAGAGGAUAGCAAGGGAGGUAGAGAGGGCACAGGAGGAGGAAGAGGAGGAGAGAGAGCAACAGCGGGAGCUGGAAGAAGAGGAAGAACAAGAAGAGGAAGGCGUUUACGGAGUGGCGCUUUAUGACUUCCGGGCGAUGGAGCCCGGGGAGCUGGACUUCGACGUGGGCGACCGCAUCCGGGUGGUCAACACGCUGGAGGACGGCUGGCUGGAGGGGGUCCUCCGCGGCCAGAGAGGCAUCUUCCCCCACCGCUUCGUCAAGAUGGAGGACGACGGACGACGGGCCUUCCUGCACGCCGAGACCGCUAGCAACGUCACCCCGACCACACAGAUAGAGGUGGUGGACAAGUAUGCGUCCGAGUACGGAGGCGGUCAGGAGGACCAAAAUGCAUUGCAGCAGAGCGGCGACACUUGGGAGACCCAGGAGGACCACACGGUGUGGGACCUGGACUACUUUGAGCGUCGGGAGGAGGAGAGUGGCAAGUGGAUGGAGGACUCCACCUGCCCCAACACCACCACCUCCCCCUCCUCCACCAGCUCCAGUAACACUACCACCACCUCUGCAAGGGAGCGAGCUGGGACUCAGACCACUAGAACUACCACUACUACCCAGCAGACACAGGCAGGGGAGAAACCCCCACGGACGCGGCCCCCUCCCCCAGCAUUCGGCCCCAACAGAGGGGGCCACCGGGCGGUGCAGAGGACCGGCUCUGGGAGUCCCACGCCACCCAGGCCCCAGCUUCCCCCCAGGCCCAGCCAGCAAGCGCUGAGCCAGAGCAGGCAGAACAGCGUCAGCCACUCGGCCUCGAGAGGCUCCCGUCUGGGUGGGCUCCUCAGUCGAGCCCCCUCCUCCUGGUCGGGGCAUCACAGCAACCAUCACCACCACCACAACCACCACCAUGCGGCCGCCGGGACCAAGCACCACAGCAAGAGCCCCUUCUCCCGGGGCUCGUUCGCCUUCAGCUCCAGCGGGCACCCGCGGGGCAAGCCCAAGAAGCUCGCCCGCCACGCCAGCGCCAGCGAAGCCGACAGGGGGAGUCAACGCGAACGCUGGAACCUUUGGUCCCAGUCGCAGUCCCAAUCCCAAUCCCAAUCCCAACCCCAACAACCCCCGUUUGAGUCCCAAUCCCAGUAUUCCCAGCAGUCGCAGGGCCGGAGCUCCAAUGGCUUCCUCCCCAGCGCGCAAACGCUCGACUUGCUGACCGCCUCUCCGGCCGACCUGGAGGCCAAGUUGUCCCAGCAGCUGCUGGAGCUUGACAGCAUCCAUCCCGGUCCCAGCGGAGGUGGAGGCGUUGGGGGAGAGGAGGACCUGGGAGACCCCUGGGCCUCGCAGGUGUCGCGCCACUUCUCCAUCAUGGACUUCAGCUCGGAGAGCGACAUCCUCCGUGGCUCCUCCCACUCGCCUCUAGACCACCUCCUGUUGCCGCAGGGACCCUCCUCUUCCUCUUCGUCCCCGACCGGCUCGGCCUACUCCUCCCUGGAGCGCCACAAGACCCUCCGGCCGCCUCCCCCGCGACCCCGACUCCAGCGACCCCCGGCGCCUCCCCCCGUCUCCAACGGCCGGCUCGCCCCCCCACCACCCCCUCUCCGACCGGCUCGCCCUGCCCCCAGACCCCCACCUCCUGCCCCGGGGGGCGGCCGCCCCCCCGCUCCACCUCCCAGCCUCCUCUUCACCCCAGAGGAAGACGAGCACCGGGACGAGGACGAAGACGAAGAUCCUGCCUUGAGCCGGGCCGUUAAGUCGCUGUUGGAGCUGCUGUCCGUGUUUGGCAUCGAGCAGCUGCAGCAGCGGCGGGAGGAGGACGAGCAGGAGGCCCUGGAGAGGGAGCGCGAGCGCCAGCAGGAGCAGGAGGAGGAGAGGGAGAGGGAGCAGUACCGGCUCCUGCUGAGGCUGCAGGAGGUGGAGCAGGACAUCGAGGCGUACACGCAAACUGCCCAGGAGCUGAGCGCCAUGCUGGAGGAGGAGGAGGAGGAGGAGGAGGAGGGGGACGCGGCCGCGCGCCUCCAGGCCAUGGAGAACCUGGAGUUCUGCAACUACACGGUGGAGACGCUCACGCUCGAGCAGCAGCAGCUGCAAGAGAUGACUCUGCUGUCUACCCAGCCAAAGUCCCUGGACUCUGCUCCGGUGUCAGCGGCCACCACCAGCGAAGAUCCUGAGCAGAGGAUGCUGGAGAAGAGGUCAAAGGUCAUCGAGGAGCUCCUGCAGACGGAGAAGGACUACAUCAAGGACCUGCAGAUGUGCGUGAAGGAGAUCAUCCAGCCUCUCAAACAGAAGCAGGUGCAGAAUGUGGACUUUGAUGGUCUGUUUGGGAACAUUAGCUCUGUGAUCGAGCUCUCCCGUCGCCUCUACAAAACCCUUGUAGACUCCGACUCCAUUGGGAAAGUGUUCCUGGAUUUCAAAACAGAGCUGGAGGAGGUCUACAAGGUCUACUGCCAGAACCACGAUGAUGCCAUCUCUCUGCUGGAGACCUACGAGAAGGACGAGAACAUACAGAAGCAUGUGUUGGAGUGUCUGGAGAAGCUCAGAGCGGUGUAUCGCGAGUGGGGAAAGACAAACUACAUCAACCUGGGUUCGUUCCUCAUCAAGCCGGUCCAGAGGGUGAUGCGCUACCCUCUGCUGCUGAUGGAGCUGCUGAACGCCACGCCAGAGUCACACCACGACCGCGAGCAGCUCACCGAAGCCGUGCAGCACAUCAAGGAGAUCAACGUCAACAUCAACGAGUUCAAGAGGAGGAAGGACCUGGUGGUAAAGUACCGUAAAGGAGACGAAGACACUCUCAUUGACAAGAUCUCCAAGCUGAGCAUGCACUCGAUCAUAAAGAAGUCCAACCGUGUGAGCAGUCACCUCAAACACCUCACAGGCAUCUCCCCACAGGUCAAAGAUGAGGCUUUUGAUGAGGCGGAAAAACGUUUUAGGUUACAAGAGCGGCUGAUCAAAUCAUUCAUCAGGGACAUCUCUCUCUACCUGCAGCACAUCAGGGAGUCGGCUUCUGUGAAGGUGCUGGCUGCCAUCAGCUUCUGUGAUAUCUACACCGAUCGUAGCCACCCCGACCCUGAGCGCUUCCAGAGAGCUCACCGCUGCAUCAGUGAUAAGCAGUUCACUGAUUUUAAAGAGCGGACGGAGACGCUGGUCAUCAAGCCGCUCAACCAGCUGCUCUCCAUGUUCGCCGGGCCGCACAAGCUCAUCCAGAAGCGCUUCGACAAGCUGCUGGACUACGACAACUGCAAAGAGCGCUCGGAGCGCCUGCGCGAGCGCCGCGCCCAGGAGGAGCUGCAGGCGGCGCGCAACAACUACGAGGCGCUCAACGCCCAGCUGCUGGACGAGCUGCCCAAGUUCCAGCGCGCCGCCGAGGAGCUGUUCACGGGCUGCGUGCGCGCCUUCGCCCAGGCCCAGCGCGACUUCACGCGCCUGACGCUCGGCGAGCUGCAGCCACUGCUACAGCUCUCAGGCAUCGGUGGGACAGAGGGGAACCUGAUCUCGUUGUUCCAGGAGGAGCACAGCCGGGUGGUGCAGCUGCUGCAGAACUUCAGCUUCUUCCCCGAGAACAUGCCCCCACCAACAGCACGCAAGCCCUUCGAGAAGAAGACCCUGGAAAAGCAGACCUCCAGGAAGCAGCUGCAGGGGCCGCCUAACUAUGUACUGCAGACGGAUGAGCAUCGGGCGGGCCUGCUAGCCCGCUAUGGCCCAGAGAAGCUGUUCCAGGCUGAGCGCAACUUCAAUGCAGCGCAGGACCUAGAUGUGUCCGUGCUCGAGGGAGACAUUGUAGGCGUGAUCAAACAGCAGGACCCUAUGGGAAGCCAGAAUCGCUGGCUCAUCGACAAUGGGGUCACCAAGGGCUUUGUGUAUAGCUCCUUCCUGAAGCCUUACAACCCACGCAGGAGUCAAUCAGAUGUCUCCAUUGAGAGUCAGUCGUCCAAUGAGUCCGGCUACGGUGGCUCAUCUCCCGUCUUCUCGCGGCAGAACAGCAACAGUACGCUGACCUUCAACCAGGAGACCGCCGCAGUCAGCUUCACCACCGCGCCACCCAACCACUCACACCCCCGCCCCUCACAGGACCCUGCCCCCUCCCGCCGCAACCCCUCCCCCAACUGCCAGUCCACCAAUCAGGGAGACUUGUCGGACUCCUCCCACAGAGGCUCAGCCAAUCACAGAGAACUGGCCGGCGAGACACGCUACCGAAACUCAGCCAAUCACAGGGAAUACUCCUCGGACUCGUCCUCGUCUUACAGGAUCCCCACGAGUCACAGGGACUCGUUGGACGCCACUCCGACCAAUCACAGGGAGUUCUCAGACUCCUCCGAAACAGACUCUUGUUCGUCCAGCAGGAACUCGUCAUGGCUAGAGACGUCGCAGAGGUACGGCCAGUCGCACGCUGCCUUCAGCUCGCACCAGAGACGGAACCGGGACGGUGGGGUGCCCCAGAGGCGCUCUCAGUACCCCCCGGAGGAGUACAGUGAGCCAGAGGCAGAGGCAGAGGCAGACCCAGAGCUGGAUGGCCACCAGAUCUACUAUGCCCUCUACCCCUUCAGUGCUCGCUGUGCUAACGAGAUGAGCAUCUCGGCCAAUGAGCGCAUCCGCAUCCUGGAGUUCCACGACAUGACGGGCAACAAUGAGUGGUGGCUCGGCGAAACCGGGGGCCGGCGCGGCUACGUCCCCUCCAACUACAUCCGCAAGUCCGAGUACACCUGAACCUACCCACCCCCGCCCCCCUCUCCCCUGCCCAAACCCCCCUCACCCCACCCCAAAAAUCACACCCAGACCCAACGCAUGGUCUCCCCUCGGCCCAUGGAGGUCAAACGCAGACCCACACUCCUCUCCUCCCAGCACAC